AUGGCUAUCGGCCCAACCGAUGAAGACCUCAAAAAGGUCGAAAAGGAUCUGGGGUAUGAAUUUCGGGACAAGUGGCUGCUCAGGCAGCUGCACUACAAUAGCUCUCAGGUGUCCAAGAGGGGCUUGGUUAGAGAUGCGGCCAUGCAUCUGGUGGUCAGUGACCUUGUGUAUGACUCCCUGCCCAAGGCAUCCACUGACAUCCUCACAGACCGCCGCACUACACUGGUCAUGCGGGACUUCUGUGCUGAGGGCGCCAGGAAGCUGGGCUGGAACAAGAUCGCCUUCACUGGAAAGUCCUUCCCCAAGCAGGAGGAGCAGGCUGCCAAGAACAUGCUGGCUGAGCUCUUUGAGGCUGUCUGGGGAGCACUAUACAAGGACUCUGGCGGCAACAUCCAUGCUGUUAUGGAUGCCUACUCGAGGCACUUUGCUCUGCACGAGGUGACCACCAACGGGACGGCCUCAUUCCACGCCAUGCAGCAGGGUGCUUCAGCUGCUGAGGGGAGCGCCAAAGCCCAGGAGGUGGCUGCAGCCCUGGCAGACCUGACCUUCAAGUGA